UCCAGCGUCUGUCAUUGGACCGCCAUGGAACCCAUCUUGAAGGUUUGGUCAGAACUGCUGCCCUCGCUAAUCCUUGCAACCGGGGAAUUUCCACAUAACAACCAGAUCAUGGCGUUAGCUAACGGUGACAUCACGGUGCUUCCAAAAAUGCACGCGAGUCGAGCCACUCACGACUUAGUUCCGAAGUCAGCAACCAGUGGUGAUUGUGGCGUGUAUUGCAUUGAGUAUGUGGAGCAUCUCAUGAUGCAGCGUGGAUUGACCGAUGUGACGCCAGACCGGAUAGCCAUGUUUCGUCAACGGUGGUGUGUCGAUUUAUUUUACCAAAAUGUCGGCUGAUUAUAUUUUUAAUUAUUGGGACAUUGUAUAUUUUGUGUAAUUAACAUUACAGUUAUGUAUAUAUAGAUUUUCUUUUCGUUCAAA